AGCAGGUGGCCUGUGCGCUCCGCCUGCGUCGACCCGGAACCGGGACCCGCCGCUUGUUACUAGGGCAACCGUUUCGGUUCCCAAACAGCGCGCGGGCUCUACGGGUUUGGGGGAGGCCGACACGGGCCCCAGGCCGUAGGGCGCUAAAGUCCGUUAGCGGUUGCUCCUCGCCGGGCGGGCUCCUUGACUGCGAGAGGAUGUCGAUGAGAAGGCCUCCGCAGCUGAAUGUUGCCCAGCUGAAUCAGAAAAAGAUGAGGGAGUUGUAUCACAAAGAUCUCCUCCAAUUGGCACAUGAAAAAAAGUUGGAGAGGAUCAGGCAAUUGGAGGUGAUGUGGGAUGCUGAGAAACGGGUUGAUCAGAAGCGUCUCACAAGAUUGCUGAAAGAUGAAGAGUAUGAAAGGCAGAUGGAGGAAGCUAUUCAAAAAGCAGAAGAAAACAAAAAACUGAAAGAACAGCAGCUGGAGCAGGAGGAAAGACUGGCAACUGAGUUGGCAAGAUUAAACUAUGAAAAACUUAAAGAUGAAAAAAUGAGGCAGCAAAUAAGAGAGAACAGUCUUGAACUUCGAGAAUUAGAGAAGAAACUGAAAUCUGCUUACAUGAAUAAAGAAAGGGCUGCCCAGAUUGCUGAAAAAGAAGCUAUAAGAUAUGAGAAAAUGAAACGUGAUGCUGAAAUAUCACAAAAGAUGAAGGAAGAGCAGGAAAGGGUGAUAAUGGAAGAGAGUUCUGCAGAACUGAGGCGAAAUAAGGAGAAAAUACUUUAUCAGCAAGAACUGGAGAAACAGCUUGAGGAACAAGAAAAAAAGAAGCAGGAUGCUUAUGAGGAGUUCCUAAAAGAAAAACUCAUGAUUGAUGAAAUCGUAAGAAAGAUCUAUGAGGAAGACCAAAUGGAAAGACAACUCAAGUUAGAGAAAAUGAGAGCAACUCAGAGAUACAUAGAAGAAUUUAAAAACGAACAGGCUAUUUGGAAGAGAAAGAAGCGUGAAGAAAUGGAAGAAGAAAAUAGGAAAAUCAUGGAGUUUGCCAACAUGCAGCAGCAAAGAGAAGAAGAUCGGAUGGCUAAAGCUCAAGCGAGUGAGGAAAGAAAACAAAAGCUCCAGAACAUGAUUGCGCAGAAUCUGGAAAGAGAGCAACAGGAGCGUGAAGAUCUGGAACAAGUGCGGCAAGAGCUAUAUCUUGAGGAACAAGCUGAGGCAGACAGAAAAAGGGAGAUGGCAGAAAUGGAGAAGAGAAUUAGGCAGCGUCUAGAGUUAAGGCAAACAUAUGAAGCACAAUUAGCCUUCAGGAAGAUAGUACUGCAGGCUUUGCAAGAAGAAGAAGAGGCCUUCAGACAGAAGAUGUUAGCCAAGUUUGCAGAGGAUGAUCGCAUUGAACAGAUGAAUGCUCAGAAACGAAGAAUGAAACAGCUUGAGCACAGAAAGGCCGUGGAAAAACUCAUUGAAGAGCGUCACAAACAGUUCCUUGCAGACAAAGAGCGUGAACUUGAAGAAAGGCAAUUGGAAGACAGAAGACAAGGAAAUAUUUAUGCAAUUGUUGAAGAAGAGAGACAGAAACUUCUUAAAGAACAUGCAACUAAAUUAUUGGGGUAUCUUCCUAGAGGAAUACUCAGAGAUGAAGAUGAUGUUAAUAUGCUUGGUGAGGAGUUUAGGAAGGCUUAUCAGAAGAGAAAAGAGGAUGUGUAUUCAGAAGAUAACUGAAAUUCCCCUGAAUUUGUUUUGUUGCAUAGCACUAGAUGUCGUCAUAUUUCUACAUGCUGUUAAUAGUGAGAAAUUCCUGUUUAAUGUUAUGAAAAAGGGUAUCGGUUUAGUUCUGAGCUUUUUCUAAAUGAUUACAAGAGCUACAGUUUUUAAGUCGGUGUUGUGUAGUUAGUUUGGAUCAAUAAAUUUUGCUAUUACAGUAUGUCUCAAAAAAUGCAUGCAUAAUAAAAUGGACUUGCCAAGGGAGUUCACUUUAGAAAGAACAGGAGUACUUGUGGCACCUUAGAGACUAACACAUUUAUUUGAGCAUAAGCUUUCGUGGGCUACAGC